ACCGGAAGUGGGCGUGGCCUAUGUUUAGUCUUUUCGAUUCAGGCUAGUAUACGUUACCUAGCUACACAAGUUAAUUACCUAACCGUAAUCUAACGUUAGUUAUACUGUCAUGGUAACAAAUGACAUUAAAAUAUACAGCGUUAAUUAGAUAGAUUGAUAAAAGCAGAGUCAACACAGCAACCACGGACCAGAGAGAUAUAAAGUUUCCUACUCUUUUGACUGGCAGCACCAUGGAGGAACAAGAAAAUAAUAUGAUAGAUGUCACUGUGAAAACUCUGGACUCUCAGAGCAGAAGCUAUACUGUGAGAGCUCAGAUCACUGUGAAGGAGUUUAAAGAGCAUAUAUCUCCCUCCGUGGGAAUUCCUGUAGACAAACAGAGGCUGAUCUACCAGGGACGAGUUCUUCAGGACGAGAAAACUCUGGCAGAAUACAAUGUAAAUGGUAAAGUCAUUCACCUGGUGGAGCGAGCGCCACCUCAGACGACUCAGUCAGGAUCAGGCUCAGGAGGAGUACCUGGGACUUCAGGAGGCUCACAGACUGGAAACACCACAACUCCUCAGGCUGUACCGCAAGGAGCUACACAUGAUCGCAAUGCUAAUAGCUAUGUUAUGCUUGGUACCGUUAAUCUCCCUGUGAAUGUCAUGGACCCUCAGCAGAUUCAGAUGUCUAUCCAGCAGCUAAUGGCAGGCCUCGGGGAGGGUGUACGAAAUACACGAGCCAGCAGCAGCAAUGGGAACAAUGGCUCAGUGAAUGUUGAUAUGGAUCAGAACCUGCAAAGUGAACCCAGGCUGCGGCUUCUCCUGGCUGAAAAUUUGUUGCGAGACACCAUUGCCCUGAUUCAGAGACUAGAGGGAGAGCCCAUGGAUGGUUCUUCAGCUCAGGAUUCUGCUCCACCCCCUUCUUCCACCACCUCUACACCAUCUCCUUCUGUCCAGCCCAUGGACACAUCCCCUCCUCCAUCCAGCUCACCUCCAUCAUCCUCUACUUCCGCUCAGACUAACAAUGAACCUCCUCAUCCUCAUCCUUCAGGCCCAAACCAUCCCAGCCCAGCAGAACUGGUCGAGAUGUUAGGAGAGCUAAGAAGAGUAGAAGAGAGACUCCAGCCAUUCAUCCAGAGAGCUCACUCUAUCCUGGAGGCAGCCACCACUGCUGAUUACAACAAUAAUACACAGGAGAGAGAGGAGGACCAGCAUGUUCUAAACCUGGUAGGAGAAGCUCUUCGGCUCUUAGGAAAUGCUCUGGUUGCCCUGAGUGAUCUGCGCUGUAAUCUGUCGAGUGCACCUCCACGUCACCUGCAUGUGAUAAGGCCAAUGUCUCACUACGCUACCUCUGUUCUGCAACCAGGUGGUGUGCAUCACAUGCCCAUACAGCUUAAUUUGGGGACCACAGUGUCUAUGUCAGCUAAUGGCAGACCGUCAGCUGAGAGUCAGCCUCAACCUGCUGAACAAUCAGAACAACCAGGGCAGGGACAAACGCCCAACCCACAGCCAGGUAUGGCCAAUCAACAGACAGGACAGCCAGGGCCCAGAGUCAUACGCAUAAGCCAUCAAACCAUGGAACCAGUGGUGAUGAUGCAGAUUAACAUUGAUGAAAAUGGAAGCCAUGCCCAGGCCCCAGGACAGCAGAAUGGUGCUGGUACUGGACAGCCUGGUACCACUCCUAUACAUAUACCUGGUUUACCUCCAGAAUUUAUGCAAGCCAUUGUAAAUCAAGUUACUCAACAAGCUAUGGCCAUGGCAAAUGCUGCUGCUGCUGCUGCUGGUGGUGGUCAACAUGGACAACAUACCCAAAGCCCUCCUGGGUCAGGUCCUACUCCUGCCGGUGCAGGUACCACCCCUGCUGGACCUGCACCUGCCGGUACUGGUCCCACCCCUGCCGGUACUGAUCCCGCCCCUGCCGGUACUGAUCCCGCCCCUGCCGGGGGUGGUCCCGCCUCUACCGGUACUGGUCCCGCCCCAGCCAGUACUGGUCCUGGUCCCACCCCAGCCGGUACUGGUCCUGGUCACGCCCCAGCCGGUACUGGUCCUGGUCCCUCCCCAGCCGGUACAGGUCCAAUACCUAUGGGUGCAGGCCCUGUUCCCCCUCCAUUUCCCCCUCACCCACAUCAAGCUAGGUUUGUAUUCACCUUGCCGUCCUUUCCUAACCGCAUGGCAAAUCCUUCCUUUACCACCAGAGGAGCAACCUUCAAUCUGCGAAAUGCUGUUCCUCCAAUGAUGGGCCAGCCUCAAGGCCAGGCUACACCCAUAAAUCCAGCUGCUAUUAAUCAAAUGAUUAGUGGAAUGAUGGGACAGCUCUUGACAGGGGUGUCAGGCCAGAUGACCACUGAGUCCACUACUCCCUCUUCUUCCUCCUCCUCACACACAUUCACAUUUUCCACCUCAUCUUCCUCCUCCUCCUCCUCAUCAUCAUCCUCCUCAUCCUCAACUUUCACCCCAACAUCAGUACCUAUCACCAGUGCCUCGGGACCCACACACUCCACAAGCACCACUACAAGCAGCGCUCCCCAGCCUGGACCUUUCCCCACACCUGCUCAGGGGCCUCCCCUCAUGGGCAACUUGGACCAGCUUCUAGGCUCUGUCCUAGGAGGGGUGGCUGCUCCUGGCCAGGCUACAGGAGCAAAUCCUUCCGUUACUGUGGCAAUGCAAGGAAUCCCUGCCUUUAUUCAAGGAGUCACUGACUUUAUACAGGCCUCACAACAGAGUCAUGUUCAGCCCCCUACAGCUCAACCAUCAGGUCCCACUCCUACUCCUCCAACUGCUGAACCACAAGCAGAGCCUGCAGGAGGUGCCGCAUCUGAAGAAGUCAUGAACACAGAGCUAUUCACUGGGAUAGUGCAGGGGGUCCUUUCCACUAUGAUGGGUUCCUUAGGUGCCUCACACAACAACACUGAGAGCAUUGCUCAGUUUAUUCAGAGACUCUCCCAGACCAGCAACAUUUUCACCCCCAGCACAGGAGAAGCCAUGGGUUUCUUUGGCGACCUGUUGACCCUUGUGUGCCAGAACUUCUCUAUGGUGGACAUGGUGCUGCUGCUCCAUGGUCAGUCUCAACCACUAAGCCGUAUCCAGCCCCAGUUAGCCCAGUUCUUCACAGAACAGUAUCUGCAGGGCAGAGAGCCCACUGAAGCCAACAUAGCAGCAGCUGCUGAUAAUCUAAUUGGCGAACUAGACGAAUAUAUCACAGAGAGUUUCUCAUCAGUUACAGUACGGGACGGCGUGGACAUCACCCAGACAAACCGAGCAUUUCUAAGACAGCAACUUAUUGACAUUGCCACGCACAUUCUGCAAUGCACAGAUCAAACCUUUGGACCACGCUUGCUGCAGCUGUGUAACCGUGCACUGUUUGAGUGUUUGGCCCUCAAUCUGUACUGCCUGAGAGGAGAGCAGGGUGCCCUCACUGCAGUCAUCAACAACCGCAUUCGGACCAUGUCAGCAGAGGUGAACCCUAGUAUAGUCAGCUGGUUGACCAGUAUGAUGACUAUGAGGCUGCAGGUCAUUUUGGAACAUGUCCCAGUCACAGAGGACCAAAUCCUGCAUUAUGUUGUCCACACACAUGGUGAAGGAGCAAGAGAGGCAGAUGAGUCAGGAAAUCAUCAAAUGGAGAUGGAUGAAACUCUCUCUCCCACUCCGGCUACCACAGCAGAGGAGGCCAUGGUUAGCUCACAGGAGGAAGGGGCUGUUGGAGGUUCAGCUGGAGAGACAGGGGAAGCAGCAGGUGGAGAGGAGCCUGGAGAAGAAGCUGAGGCCUGGGCAGCUGCUUUACCUCCUGAGUGGGUGCCUAUCAUCAGUCAGGAUAUAAACAGCCAGAGGAAGAUAAAGGGCCAACCUCCUCUAUCUGAUGCAUAUCUGCAAGGGAUGCCUGCAAAGCGCAGGAAGACAGCACAGGCCGAUGGCCCCAGACUCACACUCUCUGAGGCAGUGAGCCAAGCAGCAAGAUCAGUUGGUGUCACACCUGUCACACCACCCAGUGCCUUACAGGAAGACCUUGAAAGUGCAGAACUUCAGGAGGCAUACAUACAGCAGGUGAAAAAUGACAUCAAACAACGAGUAAGAGAGGACCCUAAUUUCAGUUCUAGAAGAUUUCCCAACACGCAUACCAUGUUCUCACCAGAUUCAUAACCAGCAUAUAUAUCUGUACCAUGGCCCUUCUUCCUCUGCUGCAUGUGUAUGCUCUUUUUCUUUUUAAUCAUCUGGGUUUAAAGAUCUACAAUUUUGAAAUUCUCAGAAGAUUUUAUGCUGACUCUAGUAUUAAAUUAUUUAGAAAAGACUGCAUCAUGGAUUAUAUAAGAGCGGGUCUGUAAGUGUUUUGCUUCUCUUUGUGAAACUCACGCACUCUCACACAUGAACUUGGACAGAAAACAAGGAAAAUUCUAAAAGAUAAUGUAAAACAUGUAACAAAAGCCACAGUGUAUAUGCCAGCUGUGACUCCUGAGGCAAGGCAAUGUCAUGACAGGUGAAUUUCAUAGAUCCUGCCAUGGCGCGAAACUAAUUAAAAAUAUUUCUGCAUUUUCCGCACAUUAACGGAACGAGUCCUCACCUUCUUGUGCCAAGAUCGUGAUCAGUGUCUGUUUAUAAAACUAUCAUUUAAUACUGAGUAUAACUUAUUGGUAUUUAAGCAUACCUUGCUACCUUGUUUAAUUUCAUGAAGUAUUAGAAGAACUGAUAUUGUUGCAGAGGUAGUUUCAUGUACACGGUAACUUUGGAGUUGAGCACAAAGGGAAAAACUAUUAAAGUCAUAGUAAAGACCAAA